AUGACGCAAACAGAAAUCGAAGAAUUAUUUACAAGAGAAGGCCAAGCCCAUCUAUUCAACCAUGUCUCUAAGUUAGGCGCUACAGAGAAAGAUGAAUUAUAUAAGAAUCUCUCUAAGCUUGCUGGGAGAAUUACACCAAUCAAGUUACAGGAGGCUUACCAAAAAUCUUUAGAACAUUUACAAAAUGAUGGCAACGUAUCCUGUGAUAUCAAAACUUUACCAGAAACAUCGUACCAAUCAAUUAUCGGGAACCCUACUUUAGCAGAGGAAUAUUUUGACGUUGGUCUAAACUCCAUUCAGAACGGCGAGGUGGCCGUUAUCCUAAUGGCUGGUGGUCAAGGUACCAGAUUGGGAUCUUCUAGUCCGAAAGGUUGUUACGAUAUUAAUUUACCUUCUCAUAAAUCAUUAUUUCAAAUACAAGCUGAGAAGAUCUGGAGGUUGCAAGAACUCUCUAAAUGUAAGAAAGUUAUUCCAUGGUACAUCAUGACGUCUGAACCUACAAGAGUCGCCACUGAAGCUUUUUUCAUUCAAAAUUCUUAUUUUGGUUUACAGAAGAGUCAAAUUCGUUUCUUUAAUCAAGGUACUUUACCUGCUUUAGAUUCCACAGGUUCUAAAAUGUUUUUGUCUAGUCCAACAAAUAUUGUUCAAUCUCCAGAUGGUAAUGGUGGGUUGUACCAUGCCAUUAAAGAGAACAAUUUGCUAGAAGACUUCAAGAAAAGAGGGAUAAAACACAUUUAUAUGUACUGUGUUGAUAAUGUACUUUCCAAAGUAGCCGACCCAGUAUUCAUCGGAUUUUCCAUCAAACAUAACUUUUUGUUAUCUACGAAGGCUGUGAGAAAGAGGGAUGCCCACGAAUCAGUCGGUUUAAUUGCAAGUAAAAACGGUAAACCUUGUGUUAUCGAGUACUCUGAAAUAUCUAAGGAAUUAGCAGAAGAACGUGAUUCAGAAGGAUUGUUGAAACUUAGGGCUGGUAAUAUCGUAAACCAUUACUAUUCUAUUUCAUUACUGGAAAAGCAACUAAACCAUUGGUGUGAAAACUCCACUUACCAUAUAGCCAAGAAGAAGAUACCAUAUUAUGAUAACUUAUCUGGCGAGUAUGUAAAACCCGAAGAACCAAAUGGUAUCAAACUAGAACAAUUCAUCUUUGAUGUAUUCCCAGAAAUUCCCCUUGAUAGAUUCGGAUGUUUGGAAGUUGAAAGAUCAGAAGAAUUUUCCCCAUUAAAGAAUGGUUUGGGAUCUGCAAAUGAUAACCCGAAUACUGCAAGACAAAGUUAUUUAGAAUUAGGUACAUCCUGGUUAAUUAAGGCCGGUGCUACAGUUGCUAAAGACGUACAAGUUGAAGUCUCUAACAAAAUCAGUUAUCAAGGUGAGAAUUUAUCCCAGUUUGUAGGGCAAACAUUUAACGAGGAUGAUACUUUGUUAGAAUUAUAA